UCUGAAGCACGGGUGCGCGCAUUUAACAUGAUUGAUCCGCUAAUAGGACAGAGGAGCAGACGCACAACUUCAGCUUUAAAUCUACCAACGGUUCCUCUUUUCUCCUUUCUUUCCACUUCAACUCAAACGAGCUUGAUGUGAGCGAGGGGGGAAAAAACUCCAAAAAUCACCUCCUUUCCCUUCUGUCACCCUCACAGAGCACCUCUCACCUUUACUUUCGGAUUGUGGCUUUAACUCACGGCUUCACUGGGCACAAACGACACGAGAUUCUCUUCUGCAACUUUAACGCACACCAGGGACAAAAUCACCGACAGGGAAAACUGAUUUUUUAUUUUUUCUGGCACAAAGAAGCGUUAAAGUUACACAAUGAGUCUGAAGUCAGAUUCAGAGACGAACACCAGUGUUUCAUUAGAAGAGGAGGUACGAACACUCUUUGUCAGCGGGCUUCCUGUCGACAUCAAACCACGUGAGCUUUACCUGCUGUUCAGACCCUUCAAGGGAUAUGAAGGAUCUCUCAUAAAAUUGACCUCAAAACAGCCUGUGGGGUUUGUCACGUUUGACAGCCGGUCUGGGGCUGAAGCGGCCAAGAAUGCCUUGAACGGCAUCCGCUUUGACCCAGAGAGUCCUCAGACGCUUCGUCUGGAGUUUGCAAAAGCCAACACAAAGAUGGCGAAGAGUAAACUGAUGGCCACGCCAAACCCGUCCAACCUGCACCCGGCUCUUGGUGCACAUUUCAUCGCUCGAGACCCAUAUGACCUGACGGGGGCAGCACUGAUCCCUGCGUCUCCUGAGGCGUGGGCUCCGUAUCCUCUCUACACCACUGAACUGACCCCAGGCCUGCCUCACGCCGCCUUCACCUACCCCGCCGCUGCUGCUGCCGCUGCCGCCCUGCACGCCCAGGUGAGGGACCAGCCGAUGCGCUGGUACCCGUCUCCCUCUGAAAGUUCUCAACCGGGGUGGAAGUCACGCCAGUUCUGUUAAAUCCAUGCCGUUCCGUAACAGACGUUUAGUUAUUUCUCCCUCCUGUUUGAAUGAAGGACAACCGGGCUCAGCGUUUAAUUUAAUCAGGUUUAUUUAAUGGACAAUCUAAGCAUGAAGGAUUAUUUUCCUGGAGGAAGUCUUCUCUAAAGCACUCUGAGGACGGUGACGAACCUCACGGUACUGUCUCCAUUUCAAAAGCUGCGCUUGACGAGCCAAUCACGCGCAGACGUUCAACAUGUCUAGCUGCUCCUGUAGAUGUGUUUUUUUUGUUUGUUGGUGUAUCGUCAUUCUGCAUGCGAUAAGACAAGUUUU